ACAGCAGAGUGGAGUCGGUAUCCAGGCAGCUGCUCUCUCUGCCUUUCUGACAGCUAGGCUAGCUUGUAAACAACACCAAAAAGCCCCGACGGUGUCUGGGAGAAUCUAAUGACUGAACACACAGCUGUUUUUACUAGUAGUCCCCGUGUCCGUGGGUAUUCUUGUUUUAUAUCUUCUGCCCCUGCUCCGGCUCGUCUCUACAACAUAUUGAGGCACUGAUGCUGCCUAAAUGAGCUAACCUCACAACUGUCUUCAAAGACAAAAGCAACAUUUUUUUUUUGUUGUGACCAAGUCACUGCCUGGCGGCGGAUGUCUCGUCGCCUCCCUCUGAGGUCGGAGGCCAGUCGGAGUCGGGAGGUGGGUCCUCAGCAGCAGCAGUGAUGCGGGCUUCAGUGGCAGGCUGCAGGAUGAGCGUGGGUGCACUCAUUAAUGGGCUGCUGGUCUCUGUGGUCGCAGCUUUGCUUUGGAAGUACUCCAAGCUGAGUGAGCAUGCUGCCCUGCUGGAGGAAGAGCUGCACAUGACACAACAGUCCCAAGAGCUUUCGCAGGCCCGCAUCGACUAUCAUGUCGCCCUACAGGCUCUCCAUGAACACGGCACCCGCAUGGUCUGCACCGGCAAAAUGCACACCGACCGCAUCUGCCGCUUCGACUACCUCUGCUACUGCUCGGAGGCAGAGGAGUUUGUGUUCUUCCACUCCAAUUCCUCUGUCAUGUUGCCUAACCUGGGGUCAAGGCGCUUCCAACCUGCCCUGCUGGACUUGUCCUCAGUAGAGGAUCACAACACCCAGUACUUCAACUUUUUAGAGCUCCCAGCUGCUGCUUUGAAGUUCAUGCCCAAGCCUGUGUUCGUACCGGAUGUGACACUGAUACUGAAUAGAUUUAAUCCCGAUAACCUAAUGCAUGUAUUCCACGAUGAUCUACUUCCAGCCUUCUAUACCAUGAAACAGUAUUCAGACCUGGAUGAUGAGGCUCGUCUGGUGUUCAUGGAGGGCUGGGGUGAAGGCCCGCACUUUGACCUUUACCGGCUUUUGAGCAGCAAGCAGCCACUACUCAAAGAACAGCUUAGGAACUUUGGAAAGCUAAUGUGUUUUACCAAAUCUUACGUUGGCUUGUCCAAGAUGACUACUUGGUACCAGUAUGGAUUUGUCCAGCCACAAGGGCCCAAAGCUAACAUCUUGGUCUCAGGGAACGAGAUCCGGCAGUUUGCUGAGGCUCUGAUGGAGAAAAUGAACAUCACAAGGUUAGAGGAGGCAGAGAAGGAUGGAGGGAGUGUUGAAGAUGAGAAGGAGAAGAGGGAUGAAUACAUUGUUGUGUUCAGUCGUUCAACAACAAGGCUGAUACUGAACGAAGCCGAGCUAAUCAUGGCGCUGGCCCAGGAGUUCCAGAUGAGGGUGGUCACAGUUUCUCUAGAGGAACAGUCUUUCCCCAGCAUUGUCCAGGUGAUCAGUGGUGCUUCCAUGUUAGUCAGCAUGCAUGGAGCUCAGCUUAUCACCUCACUCUUCCUCCCCAGGGGAGCUACUGUGGUGGAGCUGUUCCCCUUCGCUGUGAACUCAGAGCAGUACACCCCAUAUAAAACCCUUACCUCCCUUCCAGGCAUGGAUCUUCAUUAUGUUUCCUGGAGGAACACUCAGGAAGAGAACACUGUCACCCAUCCAGACAGACCCUGGGAACAAGGAGGCAUCGCUCACUUGGAUAAGGAGGAGCAAGAGCGAAUACUGACCAGCAAAGAUGUCCCCAGGCACCUGUGCUGCCGGAAUCCGGAGUGGCUCUUCCGAAUCUACCAGGACACUUUGGUAGACAUCCCUUCCUUCCUGGAAACCCUGAAGGAGGGAAUGAAGACCAAGCCCAACUUAAAGAAGUCCAAACCAGCCAGUACAGUCCAUCCGGGUCGGGUCAGAGAAGCCCAGUGUCAGACUUCAGUACAAACCACCAAUGAGGCUAAACUCACAGUCUCCUGGCAGAUCCCAUGGAAUCUGAAAUACCUGAAAGUAAGAGAGGUGAAGUACGAGGUGUGGAUCCAGGAGCAGGGAGAGAAUACCUACAUGCCUUAUAUCCUUCCCCAGCAGAACUACACUUUUUCAGAAAACAUUAAGCCCUUCACCACCUACCUGGUGUGGGUCAGAUGUAUCUUCAACAAGAACCUCCUGGGCCCCUUUGCAGAUGUUCUUAUGUGCAGGACCUAGUGCAAACACCUUGCCAGUUUGUUGCUGUGCAGUUUCUCAUGAAAGUUGAGUCUUGUUUGUUCCAGACAAUCAAAUUGGAACAGUGGACCGGACAAACUGUAAUCAGUUUGUCCAGUCGGGGCUGGUAAAUGUAAAAUGGCUUGUUUCUAUAAUCUGAGAACAAGAUAUUGAACUCUUGCACAGUGAUGUUUUCUUGCCCAGCACAGAGAACAGUGUGAUGGGUACCACAGGGCCAGAACUCAAUGGCAACAGCCACUAAUGAAUGGAAAGUAUAUCUCUUGUACCUAUGAAAGACAGAAAGUGCUAUAUGAUACCAUGUCUCUACUGAUAAUACCAGAAUUCAAAUCAGCAGAUUUAUUUAUGUGCAGAAUAAUAUAUAACAUGUUUUUUAGUAUUAGUCAAAACACUGAUUCUUUACCUUUUACAGUAUGCAAUGUAGCUUUUCUGUGGAGAGCAAGAGAAAUUUUAGGAUAGCAAGGUUUUUUAUGUUUUCUGACUUGUCCAGUGUCUACCGUGUGUGUGAUACCCAUGUGGCAUAGUUAAUUACCAAUUGUUUAAUUACAUACACCAUUAUUUGCAGAACCUAGCCAAAACCAAAGCAACCUUUUUGACAUUAUUUUGCCAAUUGUCAUUCAUGCCAAAUUACUUUCUCAUGUUAUGGAUAUUUCAUACUUCUGUCUGCAAAGAACUUUACAGUUUUAAACCCUGUCUCUAAAAACGUCGUAAAGGAGUUUUGUAACGGAAGUGACAAACAGAAGAAUUUCUUGAAGGCCACAGUAAUCAAUGUUUUUGACCCCAAAAGCACAGUUAUGUGUAAAUUCCUAAUACCUGCUUGAGCAUUUUAUGAUGAAAGAUACUGUUCUUUAACAGAGUUAUCUUAAAAUUGUUCCCUUAUGUGUUAUAAAUAUAACAACACACUAGAGUUUGUUUCCACAGCACCCAGCCACAAAUAAUUUACAUCCGUUUUACUGCAUAAAUAAAUUAUUUUUGUCUAAUUGGCACUAAUUACAACAGUGAUCAUUAUAAUUUUCUGUGGAGAGUAAAUCUAUUACGUCAGGCUAUAAUUAGUGUAAAGCAGUUUCCCUCCUGUAAGCAGCUAUGCUGCUGGACAGUCGGAUUUAACUGCCUUGUGUAAAAGCAUUUUCAUUAAGAUAACAAGAUAUGUUGCUGCAUACAGUAGGAUUCCACUGCCUUGUGUAAAACUGUUAAUUAAGAUAAAAUUCCCAGUUACGUGUGUGUUUGGUUUUCUCAAAGGUUUUCUACAGUGGCUGAUAAGAACAAGUCUACUGUUGAAUUUUAAACUAAAACAACAGCCAUCCAGAACUGGCUGUUGAAGAUACUGUUUUUGUGUCAUUUGCUGAUGAAAUUCUGCUUGUUGGUAGCUAGCUAGACUGCAAAAAUGUAUUUAUUUUUUUAGACACUUGAAGUGGAGAUGACAGUAAGUGGUAGUAGAACUGUAGGAAGAGAUGGUUUAUGGAAUGGCACAAGUUAACAAUACACUGCCACCAACAUAUUGUGUAAACCUAUUGUGCCAUUGUUGAGACGAUGUCAUGUACUUUUUCUUGUACUUUAUACCUAUGACCAGUCCUCUAAACAUUACAAUAACCUCUUUGUAGUGUUUCGACUGAUGGCCAUUAAGAGGAUCAUUUUCCUUUGCCUGAAAUCAGAAUCAUGGAAUUGGCCAUGUAUCACUUAUUUCAGUUUUUUAAAAAUGAAGUUCUGAUGCAGUUCUGUUUGUCAAUGCACGUUUAAGAGAUUAUGUUUGAGCCACUGUUGUGUGUGCUGAAUGUGACGUUUUAGAUAUGUAUGUGUUCGUACUGUCUGUUAAAUUUCUGUGUGCCCCUGCCCCACCUUAGCGGGGACAUCAUACUGUAUGUGUUGAGUGAAGUGAGAGUGUACAAGUUGCUGUUUUCUACAUUAGCAGAUAGUUGGAGUUUCUUUUUCAGUAACUGUGAUUGAAUAAAGAAGCUUAUUUCUUACAGUA